AUGAGCGAAACUUUCGUCACAUGCGCUGAGAUCACCGCUCAGAUGGCCCGGUUCAUAAACGUCCUUAACUCAGCGUCCCUUCUCCCUCCCGAGUCCCGAGGUGCAUUUGAGUCUCUUGCCUUGGUCAUAUCGGCAAGAGCUUCGCAACAUCUUGAAAAUAUGUGUCAGAUGGCCCAUGUCCCUCGGGGAAUUAUCAUGUCUUUCGAGAGCAUCACGAAGCAGUUCAAUGAGACUAUUUUCCAACAAGCCAACACUGGUGCAAGGGAUUUAGAACAUUCGACUUCUGUGCAGGCGCAGGAUGUUAAUAUCGAUGCAUAUGGAAAAGCGCCGUGCGAAGACCGUUGA